AUGGAAGGUGAAAUUCUACAGAGUGUUUCAGGAAAUGUUGAAUUCAAGAACAUAGACUUUGCUUACCCAUCGAGACCUAAUGAUGUAAUCCUUCCAUACCUCAACCUUAAAGUUCCUGUCGGAAAAACUAUAGCCUUAGUCGGAGGAAGCGGGUCAGGAAAAUCAACUAUUAUUGCUUUAUUGGAAAGAUUUUAUAAUCCAAUUAAUGGAAAAAUUCUCCAUGAUGGAGUGACCAUUGACAAGCUUCAACUCAAAUGGUUUCGGUCUCAGGUGGAUUUAGUAAGCCAAGAACCAGAUCUCCUUGCAACCUUCAUUAAAGAGAACAUACUCUUCGGCAAAGAAGAUGCCACCAUGGACGAAGUUGUUGCAGCUGCCAAAGCUGCUAAUGUUCAUAAUUUCAUAUUUCAAUUGCCUCAAGCCCAAGAAGGUGAGAGAGGGGUUCAAAUGUUGGGAGGACAGAAACAGAGGAUAAUAACUAGAGCAAUAAUCAAAGCACCUCGAAUCUUUCUCUUAGAAGAAGCAACAAGCGCAUUGAACUCGGAAUCAGAACGAAUCGUUCAAGAAGCAAUGGAUAAGGCGGCGGUGGGGCGAACCACGACCAUGAUCGUUCACCGACUCUCCACAAUCCGAAAUGCAGACGUAAUCACUGUGAUGAACAACGGAUAA